UAAAAAGGACAAAUAAGGGGGAAAACCCAGCAUUUCUUCCUCGUUCACUUUUGCAGGUAGCCUAAGCCUGUCAGCCAUGGCGGCCGUGUCUCCACCAUGCUCAACUCCAAUGGCGAUCCGCACAUCCCCCUCUUCUUCCACAUUAGAUUUCGGUAUUGGUUUCUCCAGAAGCUUCCAUCUUGGCGUUCUCAGGACUCCCCUCACAUGCAGGAGGGUGUCGAAAGUUCUCGAAACUUCCAUUUUCGAGCUCAACAAUAUGAAGAAGAAGAGGAACAUGGCGGUCUCCGCCAUUGAAAAUGCGGCAGUGUCCGUCAUCAAUAACAGCUCUGUUUCUUCUCCUGCCACUCUCUCUAAAGUGCAGCGGCAUACAAUUUCGGUGUUUGUGGGAGACGAGAGCGGUAUAAUAAACCGAAUUGCGGGGGUUUUUGCUAGGAGGGGUUACAACAUUGAGUCCCUUGCAGUUGGGUUGAACAAGGACAAGGCUCUCUUUACUAUAGUCGUGUCCGGAACUGAAAAGGUUUUGCGCCAAGUUGUAGAACAGCUGAACAAGCUUGUGAAUGUCAUAAAGGUGGAAGAUAUCUCAAGGGAGCCGCAAGUAGAGCGUGAAUUGAUGCUUAUCAAACUUAAUGCAGACCCAAAUACCCGUGCAGAGAUUAUGUGGUUGGUGGAUAUCUUCAGGGGAAGGAUUGUGGAUAUUUCUGAAAGUACACUUACGAUUGAGGUCACUGGAGAUCCUGGGAAGAUGGUUGCUGUCCUAAGAAACUUGAUGAAGUUUGGCAUCAAGGAAAUUGCAAGAACUGGAAAGAUUGCUUUAAGACGGGAAAAGAUGGGUGAGACAGCUCCCUUUUGGAGGUUUUCCGCAUCGUCUUAUCCAGAUCUUGAAAGGAGUGUUCCUGUUGAUGGUCUUGUAACGAAUACAAAUCACUCGCCUAAUGCUGCCAGCACAUCCUCUAGUGGUGAUGUUUAUCCGAUUGAGCCAUAUGACGACCUCUCCAUGAAUCAAGUUCUUGAUGCUCAUUGGGGUGUUCUCUAUGAUGAAGAUUCAACUGGGCUUCGAUCGCACACUUUGUCUAUGCUUGUCAACGACUACCCUGGAGUGCUCAACAUAGUUACUGGGGUAAUAUCUCGAAGAGGGUAUAACAUUCAGAGUCUCACUGUGGGGCAUGCUGAAGUAGAGGGGCUCUCUCGCAUUACAACUGUCAUUCCUGGAACUGAUGAGUCGAUUGGAAAGUUGGUUCAGGAGGUUCUGAAUUUCCUAAAAGCUGCACAAGUUCAGCAGCUUCCCGGGUUAAUAGAUCUUCAUGAGGUUCGGGAUAUCACACACUUACCUUUUGCUGAGCGAGAAUUGAUGUUGAUAAAGAUUGCUGUGAACACUGCCGCUAGGAGGGAUGUUCUUGAUAUUGCCACCAUUUUCCGUGCCAAAGCAGUUGACGUAUCUGACCACACAAUCACCCUUGAGCUUACUGGCGACUUAAACAAGAUGGUUGCACUGCAGAAGUUGUUGGAGCCCUAUGGGAUUUGUGAGGUUGCAAGAACUGGGAGGGUGGCAUUGGUGAGGGAGUCAGGCGUCGAUUCCACGUAUCUCCGUGGAUAUUCUCUUCCAUUGGAUGCUUAAGUUCUUUGGCAGGUUUUUGUUAACCACCCCAUCUUCCCAAGUUUAAUGUUUGCUCAUUUUGGGCCUUGCCCUGGGGAGAUGAGUUUGUUUUCGAGUGUUCUGUACGAGGUUAAAGUGUUCUAGUUCAAACAUGUGCUAAAGGGUACUUGUUGAAGCUAGAGACACGGUUUUCAUGUUUCUGAAUCUGGAGCUCGGGUUCAGUUGUGCAAGCGUUGGAAUUGUAUUUUGUUGUGAUCGAAUCUUCCUAGCAUCAUAACGUUGUUGUAGUUUUUUUUAAUUUUGUUUCUAUGUACCCAAAGAGGAGAAAGAAAAAUAAACAAGUUGUUUGUACAAUAAUGCUUUCCCUAGCUUCCCACUAUAAUUAUUUCUAGUUCAGCUGAUGGCGAAUCAUACGAUACCUUUUGCUUUGUACUAAUUUAUUCCCUCGAGUUUUGGUCUUUGUGUAGUUGCAAGAGAAUUAAAAGCAAUUCUCAACUUAAAGAAUAAAGUUUGACAUUCUGAUAAGAACCAGAGAGCUAAGCCCGGGGCUGCUUGACUAUAGUAGAAGAAAGAAACAAUGAAGGAUUGGUUACUGGGUGGUUAGUGGCUGACGUGGACAGGGACUUGUAACUUAAGAGUUGGCUUGUAGCUUGUAGGAGAAGCUGUUUGUCAAUCUAGGAGAGUCUAUAAAUAAGCAGGGGCUCCUAGAGGUUCGGGACUUUUGGAUUGUGUAGAAUUGUGAGGAGAGACGGUGAUUCUCUCGAAUAAUCACCCGAGUGUGUAAUUUGUCCUUUAAUAAUCUAGAGAUUUCCAUCACAUUCCUUCCUCAAUCAGAAAAACUGACCAACUCGAAUGUAACAGGUCAGGGAGUUUAGUAGAAGCAAUUCUCAAAUCUCA